AUGCCAGGCCCUGCGCACCGCAUGGAGAUUGCAUCUUCCUCUGUGCUUCCUCGCCUGCUCUGGCUGCUGCUGAGCUCGCCCUGGGAUCCGCUGAGAAGAUUAGUUCGGACCCUCCGAAGGGUUCGUACAGGCCAGUGUUCCAAGCUGCGCCCAGCCAUGGCGACGAGAAUCUCCAGAAACGCCCCAAAUUUCUCAACGACGACGACAUCGACGGCGUCGUCGACCCCGUCGUCGCCGACGCGCUUCAGGGUCAUCCUGGGUCACCUGGGCACGUCCCUGGAGGAGGAGGCCGAGGCGCUGCUCCUCGGCCCCGAGGCGCCGCAGCUGCUGGAGGGGGCCCCCGAGGCGCCCGCCCCCGCGGGCGAGCUGGCGAUCAUGCGCUGGCCGCCGCGGGACACGUGGGGGCAGGACCUCAGCCUGCUGCGGCGAGCCUGCCUGGUGCUCCUGGGGGCGGAGGCCUGGGACAGAGACCUCAUGAGACCAGGGCCUCCACCGCCUGCUGCGGCGCGCCGCGGCGACGGGCCUGAGGAGCAGCGGGCCUGCGCCGACCAGCCCGCGGCCGAGGCCUGCCAACCCCAGCGGCGUGGAGCGGUGGUGGCCGGCCCUCUGAGCCGCCCUGGGCCGCCAGAGGAGGAGGGGGAGGAGGGGCAGGACCCCUUUCCCUCAGGCUCCGGUUGGUUCGCGGCAGUGUGA